AUGAAUUAUUAUAUUUGGAUUAUUUUAAAGGCACACGAAACUGAGAAAAAGAAGAAAAGAGAAAGAAAAGGUAAGUGGAAGAAGGAGGGAGAUGCAAUAGAGGUAGAGUGACAGAUCCUUAUAAAUAGGCGCUCAGACGUAGCAACGAACCCAAGCUCCACCUGAAACCGGCUCGGACGGUACACAUAAUCGGAUUCCGAGAAUUAAAAAUAAAAUACGAUGAGUGGUCCGUCGCGAGAAGAUAAUUCAAAAGAAGAUGAAAGGGGCGAAGAAAAAGAAGAAGAAGGGAACCGGUUACUGGAAGUAGAAGGUGAAUUGGAUGAGGAUGAAGAAGAAAGGGCGUAUGAAUCGGGUGAGAAGAUCGUGGUGGUAGAUUUCGAAUUCGACUCAGUGGACGAUUCGAUCGUACCUCCUUUCUCAUGGAAGAAGCUAUGGAUGUUUACUGGGCCUGGAUUCUUGAUGAGUAUAGCUUUUUUGGAUCCAGGGAAUUUAGAAGGGGAUCUACAGGCCGGAGCAAUUGCAGGUUACUCUCUUUUGUGGUUGUUGAUGUGGGCCACUUUUAUGGGCCUGUUGAUCCAGCUUCUUUCAGCUAGAAUUGGUGUUGCUACGGGUCGUCAUCUUGCUGAGCUUUGUAGAGAUGAGUAUCCUAAUUGGGCUCGUUAUGUGCUUUGGUUUAUGGCUGAACUUGCUUUGAUUGGUGCUGAUAUUCAAGAGGUUAUUGGUAGUGCUAUUGCUAUUCAGAUUCUUAGCCGUGGUGUCUUACCACUUUGGGCUGGAGUUCUUAUUACUGCUUCCGAUUGCUUUUUCUUUCUAUUUCUUGAGAACUACGGAGUGAGAAAGUUGGAAGCUGCUUUUGCAGUUCUCAUUGCUACCAUGGCUCUUUCUUUUGCUUGGAUGUUUGGUGACGCAAAACCUAGUGGAAAAGAGCUCAUGAUGGGUAUUUUGAUUCCAAGACUUAGCUCAAAAACAAUUCGUCAGGCUGUGGGCGUUGUGGGUUGUGUCAUUAUGCCUCACAAUGUAUUUCUGCAUUCUGCUUUAGUGCAGUCAAGGAAAAUUGAUCCCGAUAAGAAAGGUCGGGUGCAAGAAGCUAUCAAUUACUAUUCUAUUGAAUCAACGGUUGCACUCGCAGUCACCUUCAUGAUCAACCUGUUUGUCACAACAGUUUUUGCAAAGGGUUUCUAUGGUACAAAGCAGGCAAAUACCAUAGGAUUGGUGAAUGCAGGGCAGUAUCUUGAGGAAAAGUAUGGAGGAGGACUCUUCCCUAUUCUUUAUAUUUGGGGGAUUGGGUUAUUGGCGGCUGGACAAAGUAGCACUAUCACUGGCACGUAUGCUGGGCAAUUCAUAAUGGGGGGUUUCCUCAACCUUCGGUUAAAGAAAUGGUUGAGAGCCUUGAUCACCCGAAGUUGUGCAAUUGUGCCAACUAUAAUUGUAGCUAUUGUUUUUAAUAGCUCAGAAGCCUCAUUGGAUGUUUUGAAUGAAUGGCUUAAUGUGCUUCAGUCCAUACAAAUUCCCUUUGCAUUGAUUCCCCUCCUCACAUUGGUCUCCAAAGAGCGUAUCAUGGGGUCCUUUAAGGUUGGGCCUGUUCUUGAGAGGGUGGCGUGGACGGUUGCUGCACUGAUAAUAGUAAUCAAUGGGUAUCUCUUAGUAGAUUUCUUCCUUUCUGAGGUGAACAGUAUACUGUUUGGUUUUGUAGCAUGCUCUUGCACAGUUUCCUAUAUUGCAUUCAUUGUAUAUUUAAUUUCACAAAGUGGUGCUCUUCCUUCCGGAUUGGUUGAUCGAUUUCCAAAGAGAUUUUCUUUUUCUGGGAAUUAAGCCAACAAAAAAGACAGCAUUAAAAUCAUGGAAAUAGUACGGUAAGCCUCAGCUACACGAUUUUGCUUGACGAGUUUUGUUCAUACAUCAUGAAGAAUGCAUUAAGAGUUUUCCAACCCUGCAAAAGGGAUUAAAGGAUGUACAAGGUCAGAUAGUGGAAAGUAACUAUAUUUAACUGGAUUUCAUUUCUCCAUUAGGGUUAUAGAGGUUACCUACUGCGUGUAACAAGACAGAUAUCUUUCUGUAAUGGAAGAUGUUGAGAGAGCAUCAUUACAACUUGGAGGCUAGAUUACUUUCCGGCCUGCCUUAUUCUUUUUGUAACAAGUUGUGAAUUGCUCAAUCAUUCUUUGAUGUAAACAGUUUGUAUUUAAACUUGGACUAACACUCACAUACUGUUUUGAUGAAGGAACAUGGAGUAUAUUUUUCCUUGAUUAGGCAGCCAGGUAAGACAGCAGCAAUAAGUUGUAAGGACUAGUCAAAAAUAUGAAGUACAUUCAUCUUAUCUUUCAAUUUUCCUGUUUUUUA